UUGUGGUCUUGCUGGUGGACGUAGCCCUCCAGCCCCAGGAGGAGCUGUGUGGAGGAGCUCACCUCACCCUCCUCAUUCCCCAGCCCUGGGGCUCUCUCCUGACCCAGCCUGUCUGGGUUUAGUGCCUGGCCUUCGCCCUUAUCUCCAGACCUGUCUGGCCACAGGUGUUUGCCUCACCCCCUGUUGCCACAUGCUUCCUCCCCUGGCUCUCCCCUUUGCUCCAGGGAUGCCCAUGGAGCAGGUCCAAGCAUGACCCACAGGGAGGUAGCUGUACAGUGGUGCACCCAGGGCAGCUCUGCCCUCCUUGGUGGCUGCCCUGGUGGUCAUGGUCUGUGUCACUGCUGCACUGAGCACAGCAAGGAGGACCCACUCCUACCUGGGGGCUGCACCUUCUGCUCCCAGCUGAUUUUUACAUUAACGGUGUCCUGCCCUUCUCCCCAGGGGUCCCACUGGGUUUUCUUGAUUGGGGAGCGGAAACCCAGCUUCCUCCCAUUGUGCCUUUUCCUGCCAUGACCCUGGGAUGGCCCCUUUGCCCCAGUAUUCCCUCUGAGCCCAUGGGGUUGUUGGCUGCAGAAGAGACAGGAGAUGAUGUGGGACAAUGUGCCCACUGCACCAGCUCUUCUUCCUAAUGCUGUGGUUGUGUGGCAGGAGCUCUGUGGGGCCCUUGCCUCCAUUUCCCCUUCCCUCCCCACCCAUGCAACCUCUCUGAGAACUGAGGGCUGCCUGGGAACCCCAGAGAUGGUUCUCCAUAGCCUAUGCUCUUUCUGUGCUGGUUUCCGCAGAUACAUUGAAUGGAGCCCUGAGCAAAUUCCUUUCUCCACCCUGGGGAGAAAAGGGCUUUAUUCAUCUCAUUUUUCUGACCCAACCCUGGAAAACCACGACCUCUUCCCAAGCCUUCCACAAGGCACAGUGGAGCCGUGUUGGGGAGUGAGUGGCCUUCUCCACUGGGAGAUGCUGGUGCCAGCCCUUGUCUCGCUAGUGUGCCCCAGGGAAGGCGUUGAGAAACCAGUGCUGCUUUAUGCCUCUGCCUUCUCUGUGUCCCCCCCCUGAGCAGAGCUGCAGAAAGCCUUCAAGGCCUUGGCCCCAUCCUGAUGUGCGGGGGUGCUGUCUGGAAGGGACCUACCAGUUCCUGCAUGCAGAUGUUCUCCUGAGAGCGGCUUAUCUCUGCCUCUCUGACAUCGGCUCUAUCUGGGAGCUCCCUCUCCCUGCGCAGAAAUGACGUGGUGCCUUCCAACUCCUUCCCCCCCAGGCCCUCUAUCUCCACUCCCAUCUCCAAAGCGCUGCCCUUGGAGCCAACGCCUUCUCAGAGCUCUGCGGGGCUUUACCAGAGCCCUGGAACUAGCAGAAUCCACGGGCAAGGCCCACCCUGCCUUCCUGACAGAGCUGCCACGAGACUUGCUGGGACCCGUGCUGACCCUUGCCAUACAAGAUGACAACAAGAGAUGGACCGCAGGAUAGGUACAAGGCUGUCUGGUUGAUCUUCUUCAUCCUCGGCCUGGGAACUCUGCUGCCAUGGAAUUUCUUCAUGACUGCCAGGCAGUAUUUCAUCGACCGCCUGGCAGACCCACAGAACACAAGCCGCCUCUCAAACCAGACCAGUGUGGGCACUGUCUCAGAACUCUCCUACCUGCAGUCCAUGUUUGACAACUUCAUGACUCUCUGCUCCAUGGUGCCCCUCCUCAUCUUCACCUGCCUCAACUCCUUCAUCCAUCAGCGGAUUCCCCAACAGAUCCGCAUUUCGGGCAGCCUGGUGGCCAUUGGGCUGGUAUUCUUAAUCACUGCCAUUAUGGUGAAGGUCACCAUGGAUCCUCUUCCCUUUUUUGUCUUCACCAUGGUCAGCAUUGUCUUCAUCAACUCCUUCGGUGCCAUGUUGCAGGGCAGCCUCUUUGGACUGGCAGGGCUCCUGCCUGCCAGCUACACAGCUCCCAUCAUGAGUGGGCAGGGCUUGGCAGGCAUCUUCGCUGCUUUGGCGAUGAUAAUCAGUAUCAGCAUUGGUGCUCAGCAACCAGAGAGCUACAUUGGUUACUUCACUACGGCUUGUGUGGCAAUUGUGCUGGCCAUCUUCUCCUACAUCCUUCUACCUCGCAUGGAUUUCUUCCGGUACUACUCCAUGAAGGACAAGACAGAAUACAGUGUAUACAAUGCAGAGCUGGAGACCAAGAGAGACCUGAUUAAGAAAGAUGAGCCCAAUGGAGUGGAGCAGAAUAACACAAAGAUCAUCCCUGUCCACAACCCGGAUGAGAAGCCCUCGGUCAUCUCCAUUUUUAAGAAGCUCUGGGUCAUGGCUAUGUCUGUCUGCUUGGUCUUCACCGUCACCAUUGGAGUCUUUCCUUCUAUCACAGCUAAGGUGUCUACUAGCCUCGGAAAGGAAAGCAAAUGGGAUCUCUACUUCAUCCCUGUCUCCUGCUUCCUGAUCUUUAAUGUGUUUGACUGGACGGGACGGAGUCUUACUGCCCUCUUCACAUGGCCCGGGAAAGACAGCUACCUCUUGCCGGUGAUGGUGGUCUUACGAGUCAUCUUCAUCCCCCUUUUCAUGCUGUGCAAUGUGCAACCCCGAAGCCACCUGCCUGUCAUAUUCUCUCACGAUGCCUGGUACAUCAUCUUCAUGAUCUUCUUCUCCAUCUCCAACGGCUACCUGGCCAGUCUUUGCAUGUGCUUCGGGCCCAAGAAAGUACUUGCCCAUGAAGCAGAGACGGCUGGAGCAGUCAUGGCCUUUUUCCUGACGCUGGGCUUGGCCCUGGGAGCUGCCAUCUCCUUCCUGUUCCAAAUUCUCAUCUAGCAGAGGCACUCAGAGGGUGCAGGAACACCGAGAUGGCUCCGCAUCCACCUCCGACACCCUGGACGCCUCCGUGCUGUGGGGUGAUAACACCUCACUCCUGCCCCUGCCAAAUCGCACUGCCACAGCAGACGUUCCAUCCAGGGACGGUUCCACUCUUCCAGGGUCGGCGUGACUCCUGCCAUGCCCGGCUGCGUGAUGCCUUCAGGCCUACGUGCCUUUGCUUUCCCCACGCUGUGUGUAAGACUCCCGGCACCUGACUGAGGUCCACCUGCCUCCAGUGAUGCAUAAGCUCCCCAGCUCAAGGCCAAAAGCCAUCGCGAGCCUCCUCCUCUCCGCCAGGCAGAGCUGCAGGCUGGUAUCCAGUGUUACUGCCCCACCUGCCCUUCAUCCUGUGCCGCAGGGUCUGAAGGGCAUUAGACGCCCAUGUCCCCCCGUGGCUCAGCAGAGCUCUGCCCCCUUUGCUUCCCCUGCCCCCCCUCAUAACCCGUUCUGCCUUUGUUCGCUGCCCUCCUUGGCCUGCAGGAGGCGGGCGGCAGCUCGCAGGCCCGGCCUGCCCCUGUUUGCCCCCCGCCCCGUGUAAAUCUGUACAGUUGCCUUUUUUUUUUUCUAUAAAAAGAUUGAAACGUG